UGCAACGAAUAGAACGGUUUGCUGACAGGAGUGCUGACUAUUCAGGGAGAGUGACUCUCCAAAACAUGUAUGUGUCAUCUUUUUACAAUGCCAAGGGUCAAUUCAGGAAGCCACAAGCUGUGAGACGAUAGAAAAUGACAAGGAAGAGAAAGAGUGGAGAGAAAGGAAAGGCAGGUGCACAGAAGAAGGUGGCCCAAAAAAGAGAUGGUAGGACAUCAUCAUCCAGAACACGUUCGCAGAGCCAAACGAAAUGCAAGCAUACUGGUCACCCAAGCCCAUCCAGAUCCAGAGACCAUGGAGGGCACAGCACGGGCACAACAGAGUCUGAACCGCUGAGUAAAGAUGCUCAGACUCAAACAAGCCCAAGUGGGCUGGAAAACAAGGAGACUCAGACGGAGACCGUUAGUCAGGCAACACAACAGACACAAACAGAGCUCAAUGGCAACACUGAGACCACAGAAGUGUCAACAGAACUCGGUCCUGAAGAUGUUAAGAUGGAGGUGGAAACUGGCCUGUCAAGGAACAAAGGAAAUGAAAGUGAUGGAGAAAAGGAUGAAAGUGCUGAGAGGAAGAAAAGGAAAGUGGGUGAAACAAGGGAACCUACAGAGGAGACAAAAGAAAGGACCAAACUAUCAGAUGGUUGCAGAAAACAAGAUGGAGACGAUCAGAAAGACAAAGUUGCAAAUAAAGAAUGUUCGGAAGGAGAUUCACAAAAGGGCACUAAACUCAAGUCAAUAACAGAAGAACCAAAAUCGUACGCAGCAGCUGCUGGGGCGGGAAAGACUGAACAGUCUAAGGAGCAGAGGAAUCAGACAGCAACAAUAUCCUAA